AUGGCUCCCGGAAUUGGGGAUAUGCGUUUGGGUAGACCAAGGCAACUCGGGCACUUCCAGCAUUGGAUAACGGCCGAGCUGGCCCUGGAGAGCCCGACGCAGGAUAGAUGGAAGUACAGAUCGCAAGAGGAGCACAAGCGGCCCUUCUUGCGGGAAUUGGAUGAUUUACAAGAGGAACAAGUUGCCAUUUUUGUUGUCUGUACUACAAAUGAAUUUUAUAACACUUUUACAAUUCGUGUCUAUUCCUAUUGGACAGGUUUCGUUUGUAUAAUUAUUCCAAUUAUAAACGUGAUAGGGUAUAACCGAGUUGUCCAUCAAAUUGUUACUUGGAUUGGGGGAAAUAUAGGCAUCCUGCAUUGGACCAAUCCGGCACACAAAGUCAUUUCUCUGUGGACAGACAGGAUUACUUACACUGAGAGCCCUAAUCGAGAAUUGUUAUGGAAAUGUGGUUCUCCGCGAUUCUGCAAUUUCCUCGUAUUUAUUUUAGUCUACAUCAGCAUAAUUGCCUUCUCCGAAAACGUGGAGGAAAGUACUUUUCAAGACCAGGAAGUUCUAUACGGGUGGGCAGGAUAUCUCUACGCCCUGCUACUCCUCAACAAACACAUUCAUUCAUCGUCCGAGGCCAUCUCUCCGAUUUUAAACAAAGUUGUAAGACACGUCGUCUUCACAGGACGGGAAUAUUCGCGACAGUGUAAUAGCCCUGUUGAAUUGAUGUUUUCGUGGCAUAAACAAUAUUUGGGGGCUGCCCACGGAGUCUCGGGCAUUCUAACUGUGCUCAUUCAGCUCACAGGACACGAAAAGUACAUCAAGGCGGCCGAAGAGUACUGCGACGUUAUUUGGGAACGGGGAAUACUCAGGAAAGGGCCUGGCCUGUGCCACGGAAUUUUGGGAAAUGCUUAUGCCUUUUUAUCGACGUAUAAAACAACUUGCAAUUCUCUUUUCUUUUACAGAGCUUUGAAGGUUGGUAGAAUUUGGCAUUUCAGUUUACUGAAUUUGUGAUUGAUCGGUCUAUUUAUGACUUUCCUUCACCGGAUAGACCAUUUUCUCUGUUUGAGGGUUAUUCUUUUGUAUAAUUUUAAGGGAUGUCCGGCGUUGUUUUUUAUAUGAAUGAUUUUUUGUAUGGAGAGGAGGUC